AUGCUAGUCUACCUCACCAACUUUUUCAUAGCAUGGCUCGCCUACUUUUGGCGACCCAAACAACAGCCCUGCGACAGUUUAACACUGCCGCAUAUUCCCGGGGUUGACAUCAUAUCCAUGACCCGCCAAGAGGUCUAUAACUACAGCGUAGCAGCCUCUCCGCCAUACAGUCUCGCAGACAUCCACAAUCUCAACUUCUGCAACGUAUCGCUCACCCUGACUCACCCGGGUGAAAAUGACACUGUCGCUGUCUCCGUUUGGCUCCCCCUCGCCAACUGGAACGGCCGUUUCCAGGCUACUGGUGGCGGCGGCCUCGCAGCCGGCAUCAUCGGCCUGGCCUCAGCUCGCCCAGUCAGCCAGGGCUACGCAACAGCUGCAACAGAUGGCGGUCUCACCUUGAAUGGAACCAGUAAUCCCCAAACGGGGGCCUGGGCUCUGCGUCCCGACGGUUCCAUCAACACCGCUCUGCUAGAGAACUUCGCCCAUCGCUCCAUCUAUGACAUGACUAUCAUAGGGAAGACCCUUACCGAGCGCUUCUACGGAUCUCCGCCAAAGUACUCCUACUGGACCGGCUGCUCUACCGGCGGCAGACAGGGAUACUUUGCCGCGGCAAAGUAUCCGAGUCUCUUUGACGGAAUUCUCGCCGGUGCACCAGCCCUCAAUUUCCCACGUUUAAUCGGAUAUAUGUCCUGGCCGCCGAUGCAUAUGUUCCAGUCCGCAGCGCCGCCGCAGUGCGUCUUUGACACAUUCCUAAAAGCAAUCAUCGACAAAUGUGAUCCACUCGAUGGAGCCACGGACGGGUUGAUAUCAGAUUACAACCCACAGAGCUGCCCAUUCGAUCCCGAAACACUCGUCGGCCAAAUGGUACCAUGUCCGGAGAUGGCCUCAGAUUCUCCAGUGACCAUCACAGCCCAGCACGCCACCCUCGUCAAGCAAAUCCUGCAAGGUCCCGAACUCCCAGAUCACCCCAACCUCUGGACAGGACUCCCACCGGGCGCCUCAUUCCGCGGAACGGCAAACACCGAAGUAAUCAACGGAUCGAUCGUCAGACCCGUCCCCUUCUUUCCCAUCAUCGGCUGGAUCAAGAACUUUGUCUUUCGGGACCCGAGCUACAAUGUAUUCGAUAUGAAUCUCGAUGACUUUGACACCGUCUACCGUCUCACGCUGGACGCCUACAACGGCAUUUUCGGCUCGGAUGAUUUCACUCUCUCUGAUUUCCGUCGCGCAGGGGGGAAGCUGUUGACCUGGCAUGGGAUGGCGGAUGAGCUGAUCCCAGCGUCGUGGACGAAUGCAUUUUGGGAUAGGGUUGAUAGGAAGAACGGUGGAGAUGCGGAUGAGUUCUAUCGAGUGUUCCUUGCCCCUGGGCUGGGACACUGCUCGGCCGGAUAUGGGCCGAACCCAGUUGAUCCGUUGGGCGCAUUGGUGCGCUGGGUGGAGGAGGGAAGUCCUCCUGAUCGGUUAAGUGCGGCGACUGUCAGGGCGGAUGGGGCGGAGGUGACAAGGGAGUUGUGUCGGUAUCCGGCGACGCUGGUGUAUGAUGGGCAUGGGGAUGUGAAUGAUGCGGGGAGUUUUUCAUGUCGACCCAGAGAGGCAUGA